CAUACGUACACAGCAAGGAAUCCGUGGGAUUUAAAAGAGAGGCCCAGGGUAUAACCCACAAGGAUAUCGCCUCAAUCCGAUAUACUCUUUGUUCCGUUGACUAUCAGUCCUGUCUGCACUCGCCGCCGCAUCAUGCAACCCAUCAAGAACGUCGCAGUGAUCGGAGCCUCAGGGACCCUUGGCUCGGUGGCCCUGCGGAAACUCCUUGAAACUGGUACCUUGAACGUCACAGUCGUCAGGCGUUCCGGUUCAGCAUCAACCUUCCCACCCAAUACCAAGGUUAUCGACGUCGACUACUCGUCGUACGAGUCCCUCAAGUUAGCUUUCACAGGCCAAGAUGCAGUUCUAUCGUUUGUACCUACUUUUGCAGCCGAGUCACAGUUCGCGUUUAUCGACGCAGCGGUUGAGGCCGGUGUCCGUCGGUUCAUCCCAUCGGAGUUCAGUGCCAACCUCGACAACCCCAAGGCCCGCACGCUCCCAAUCUUCGUCCCCAAGGUCAAGGUUCAGGAAUAUUUGUUCCAAAAGGCCAAGGAAUCGGGUCUCACCUAUACCAUCAUCUAUGGCGGCGGUUGGCUGGAUGCCGGCUCGCAUCGAAGUUUCCUCCUGAACAUCAGCGGAGAGACAACGAAUACCUAUGAUGGCGGCAACGUACCUUUUAGCGCGUCUACUCUCGACACGGUUGCGAACUCGGUCGUCUCGGCGUUGAGUCAUUGGGACGAAACAAAGAACCGCUCCCUCUUUGUCCACAGCCUAGUGACUACCCAGAACCAUCUACUCUCCCUGGCGAAGGAAGUGAUGCCGGGAAAGCCGUGGGCUACCCGGGACUUCAAACUCGACGAGGUGAUUGCAAGGUCAGAUGAAAGAUUGGCUCAGGGCCUAUUGGACUUCGAGACGUUCAGUCCUUACAUCUUCCGUGCCAUAUUUGAUCCGGCGUUUGGGGGUCGAUAUGAUCAAACAGACAACCAGUUAUUGGGAAUUAAAGAGGCUUCGGAGGCGGAUGUUAAGGACAUCCUGAAGAAGCUGUUACAGGCUUGAACCAAAAGCACAGGUCACAAGAGAUAAUCGAAGAAUGUCUGAUAUUAUUCCCACUCUCUUUUCCAAGUUGCCUUCUGCCGGGUACAACGUAUGAACGUAUCGAAAUGACCAUCAGAGUUGGCUUCCAUGGUUGGGGUUUACCACUUAUAGAAGAGGUCGCUAUCCUAGGCACUCCAAACUUUGUACAUCUUCUGUGAAUGACUACAUUUCUUAUAAUGGGAUCCGUUUUGGCUUUCCCUUUUCUAGAGCUGUCCUCUGAAUAUCGCGUACAUCAUUGUUU